AUGACCCAAGACCGUCCUUGUCGAUGCGGCUGCGGCCUGCCUCCAUCCAGCCCGAGCCGGCCAGGGCUGCUCGUCCUCACUCGGCCCACCAAUCACUGCAAACGGCGCACGCAUCUCCGUCCAACCGGCGACACCGAGGCACGCCGCCCGGGGCCAGAUUCCACCGGCGGCCGUCCGGCCGUCUCAUCGACCGCGGGCAUCGUCGCCGGCCCGCUGGAUCGCCUGCUUCAGCCGUCGGCGCCCGGUCCGAGCUCCAUAGCACUCGCCGCCGAACACCUCGAGGCCUCUUUUGCCACCUCGACCUGCCCCCUCCCUGCUGCUCGCCGCGGCAGCGACCAUGCGAUGCCUCGAUCUCGCCCGCCAAAUCUCAGCAUCCGGACCAGGGCCCUGCCUGCGGCGUCACUGCUCCUGCCCCUCUUCUGCUUCCUGCUUCUCUGCUUUGGGCCCAUCUCGCUCGUCUCUGCCGGUCCGUCUCCCAGCCCUGCACCCUCACCUGUCCCCGCGCCGACGCCGACACCGGCCCCAUCGCCGAUACCCGCUCGGCAUCUAGAUGACGAGCGGCUCAACCAGAUUCAUGCCGCCGAGAGCCCCGACCUGUCCUCGAUGCCGCACUGGGUCGACAUCAACGUCAGCCCGCCCCUCACCUGCCAGCCGAUGAACAUCACCUUCGACCCGCGCCGCGGCGCACCGCCAUUCCAGGUCAUGGUCACCAUCGAGGACUGGUGGCCGUAUACAGUCAGCUUGGGCGCCACCUACGACGCCAUCGACAAGCAGCUCUGGAUGUACCAGUUCGACGUGCCCACGUUCCGGGGCGCCACGACGCACCCCAACCUCAUCGUCACCAUCACCGACUCGACGGGCCUCAUGUCCAACUCGUCGGCCUUUAUGCAGGUCGCCGACGGGCCCGACACCAACUGCGCGUCCUACGGCGGCGGCACCGACUUUAUCUUUUACACGGAGCGCUCGCCUUCGCAGUGCUCCGACUUUGACAUCUUCUGGCGCGGCGCCUACGCCGAGCCGCUGUCGAUCAUCAUGCUGCCGGAGAGCACCGCGCCGCUCAACGUCCCUGUCACCAAUGCCUCGUCCGGCAAGCUGACGUGGCAGAUGGCGAUGCACGGCGGCUCGCGCUUCAUGAUGACCAUGGGCGACACGGGCCCCCACGGCAACGGAGGCGUCUCGAGGGUCAACAUCGUCGGGCUCAACGAGUAUGCCUCGGACAGCUGCCUCGGCAUGGCCUCGUCGUACGGGCGCGACCUGCUGGUGCCCGUAUCGACCAUCAGCUCGGCCACCGUCUUUCCCGAUGCCACAUCGACCCUGCGCUCCGUGCUGACCACCAACGGCCAGGUCAGCACCGUCACGAUCCGCGAGACGGUCAGGAACGGCCGCCGCGUCGAGAGCAACAGCUCUAGCCCAGCGGGGCUCGUCGGCGGUCUGGUGGCCAUCGGCGUCGCCAUCGGGCUGGGGUCGGCCUUUAUCAUCUGGUGCAUCUGCCGCCGGCGCGCGCGCAGGAGCGGCGUCAAGACGUGGGACCUCCCCAGUGACCCGUCGAUGCCGUUCAACAUCAACACGUCGAUGCCAAUCGCCCCGGGCCUGUUUGGCGGCGGCAAGAGGCGCGGGUCGGCCGGCCAGCACCAGCGCCAGCACCAGCACCAGCCACUCGACGGCGAAGACAACGGCGACUCGCUGCGGACGCCCCAGAGCCCGACUGGGUCCAACAUUUUCCGCGACCCGGCUCCGACCUCGGGCAGCCGGGGACAGGCCAACGGUGUCUCGCGGCGGGGCUCGCUGAGAAGCUGGACCUCGAACGCUUUUGAGUCAGUCGGCCUGCGGCCCGUGGGGGGAGGCGAUGGCCGCAACGGCUCGUCUGCCGACGCCUAUGCCCUUACGCAGACCUUUUCCAGUCCCUCGGCCUCUGCGGCCCAGAGCCGGUCGGGCACGCCCGCGUACGCCAACGAGGGCUUCCGUCCGCAGCUGCAGCUGCGCCGGGGCAGCAUGGGGCUUGGCAAUGACGGCUCUCCCGUCGAUGGCUCGGUCGGGCCGUUUUCAGCGUUCCGCGACGAUCCGUCGUCACCCGAGGGCGCAGACACGUGGAGGUCGGGCGGGGUGCGAUCGCAGUUUGGCUCCAACGGCGGCUCGCUGCCGAGCGAGGACGACAUUGCCAGCCCGCUGGAUCGAUCACCGUGGCCCAACCACCAGAGCUAUUCGCCGGGCGUGGCUGCGGGCGUCGCGCGCGAUGGAACGGUCAAGUCGGUGUCGGGACGCGUCGGCGCCGGCCGGACACACCGGUCCGACUUUGCCUCGGGCGAUGCUGGCGAUGGGUACGAGGACCUGAUCACGCCCGUCCGUGGCGUGUUUGGCGAAGGCGACGACUUCCUCCAGCAGCAGCAGCAGCACCGCCACCUCGGCCAGGGCACGGCCAACUCGCGCACGUGGCGCAGCUACCAGACGGCUUCGUCGGGCUCGUACUCGUCCGGCCGCUUCCAUCUUUCGAGCAAUCCCUUCGACGACAGCAACGACGUGUCGGUGCCGAUGCGCCGCGACGCCUCGUCGGCCUCGGCCUACCGGCGUGGCGACGGCAGCAGCGGCGGCAACAGCCGGACGGGCACCACGCGCAUCAUCCACCAUGCCGAUGCCGGGCUGUUGCUCGACGACACGGCCGACGGCGACGGCGAGGGAGAGUACCCGGAGCAGAUCAUGGAGCUGCCGCCGCAGUACGAGACGAUUACGCGCGUCUCGCCCUCGUCGCCCACGUCCCACCAGCAGCCGUCGCCGGCCCGCGGCUGGAUGCAGAGCGACUCGGGCACGUUUGCACCGGCCGCCGAUGGUGGGCGCGCGCAUCCGUCGGACGGCGUUGCCAGCGCCGCCAGCGCCCGCGCCGAUGGAACCUCGUCGGCCGCGGCACCGGCCUCGGUCCAGGAAGACGAGGACGAGGACGAGUUCUGGACCGGCCCGGCGGCGGCGCAUGCUCCCGCUGGCGUCAAUGGAGGCCGCGCGGCCUAA